AUGUCAGAAGCAACACUGUCAGAACGCGGGAGAGUCAUGGCUCAGGCCAGUACGAGGGCUCGCAUUGAGCCACUCCUAUCCAACCUUUACCAUCCAAAGGACAACCCCGACGGUAUAAUCGACAUGGGCACUGCCGAGAAUGUGAGCCAGGCCGACCUCUUCACCAUGACGUCCAUCACUGUUACUAAUUUGACAGGACAGCACCCCAUGACCAAAGACGUCUCAGACUUUGCCAACAGCAACAUACGAACAAUUCCUUCCGCUUUCACCUACGGCGAAGGUCCUUGGGGAAGCAAGCGUCUCCGAACCGCCAUGGCCAACCACAUGAACAAGUAUUACCACCCCGUCUCUGAAGUCUCACCUCAAGACUUAAUCUUUUCCAAUGGUAUCACAUCGUUACUCGACCUUUUCGGCUUCGCAAUAGCCUCGCCCGGUGACGGUAUACUAAUCUCCCGCCCCUCCUACCACGCCUUUCCCGCAGACUUUGGCGCCAGAGCAGAAUUCCAAUGUGUAUUUGUGUCUUCUGACUCUGAUGACCAGUUCUCGGCUGCCUGCGUACGCAACUACGAGACCGCACUUCUCGAGGCCAGAGAGCGAGGAAUAUGUAUACGCGCCCUGCUUCUGUGUAAUCCGCACAAUCCACUUGGCCGCUGCUACCCGGUGUCCACAAUCAUUGCAUUGAUGCAAUUCUGCGACAAGUACGGUUUGCACUUGCUUGCUGAUGAGGUGUAUGCCCUCUCCGUCUUCGACUCUUCGUCCCCUCAUGUACCUUUUCAUUCCGUCUUGUCCAUCGACAGCAGCGCCCACCUCUCACCGAAUCACUUGCACGUCCUCUACAGCAUGAGCAAAGACUUUGCUUGCGGAGGAUUGCGACUAGGAUGUCUAUACUCACGCAACACGGCGCUGAUGGACAGCAUAUCCGCCAUCUCACACUUUGGACAGUGUGGAGCGCUAAACCAAUUAUUCGCCACACAAAUCCUCGAGGAUACAGAUUGGACAGAAGGCUUUCUCGCCAAGAGCAGAAAAGUGCUAAGAAGUAAAUUCGAGACUUGCACGCAACUUCUUUAUCGCCACGGCAUCGAGUAUUCCAAGAACGUGAAUGCUGGGUUCUUUCUUUGGGUAUGGCUACUGUAUUCCAUUUCCUUUGUCCUCCACCCUGCUCGCUUCCUUCUACCUGACUCCUUUCUCCGCUUUGCUGUUUCCUCCUUCCUUCUGUCUUCUCAAGUAUUGACGCAGAAUCCAACAGAUAAACCUUUCCCCUUCCUCUCCCUCUCUUCCCAUACCAAUCCCUGGGAAGCAGAAAACACACUCCACGCCAAACUGCUACACGAUUACAAAACAUACAUUACACCAGGCAGUACAUUGCAAGCAGAGCAGCCGGGAUGGUUUCGUUUGGUCUUUUCUCAAGAAGAUGAUGUCUUGAAUGAAGGGUUCAGGAGGUUGUUUGAUGCUAUUGGGGUUUAG